UUUUCGGACAAGUGGUGAUUUUGACAACUAAUGAUUAUAAGUUUUUACGGCACCUCAAAAAUUUCUUCUCUGAUUUAGAGCAUUACUUCUCAACCCUGAUCUCUAUUCAUUUAUUGUAAAAGUGCACUGUUAGGGUUAACAAGUGGAAAAGCAGUAGAUUGAAAAAAUGGCUGUAGAUAUUUCAUUGGAAAAGGACGAUGGUGUCCUAAAAGAAAUUUUAAAAGAAGGAGAAGGAGAUGAACUUCCAUCGCCGGGUUGUACUGUUAAGGUGCAUUACACUGGUACCUUAUUAGAUGGAACAAAAUUUGAUUCUAGUAAAGAUCGCAAUGAACCAUUUUCAUUUGAACUCGGUGAGGGAAGAGUAAUUAAAGCAUGGGAAAUUGGAACAGCAACUAUGAAAAAAGGCGAAGUUGCAGUACUUACAUGUGCACCAAAAUACGCAUAUGGAAAAGGAGGAAGUCCACCAAAAAUACCUCCUAAUGCAACUCUUAAGUUUGAGAUAGAAAUGUUAGGAUGGAGUGGUAUGGAUAUAAGUCCAGAAAAGGAUGGUAGUAUUGAAAAAAUCCAAUUACGAAAAGGAAUAGAUAUGACAAGUCCAAAUGAUGGAGCAUUAGUGAAUGUUCAUUUGGUGGGAAAAUGCGAAGAUAGACUCUUUGAAGAAAGGGAUGUUCAAUUUAAUCUUGGAGAAGGAGAAGACGUAGGAGUUGUGAAAGGAGUAGAAUUAGCAUUAGAAAAGCUAAAGAAUGGAGAAACUGCUAGAUUAAAAAUCAAGAGCAAAUAUGCCUUUGGAAAAAGUGGAAAAUCUGAAUUUAAUAUUCCUCCAGAUACAGAUGUAGUGUAUGAAGUGGAGCUGAAAAGUUUCGAAAAGACACCUGAUUCAUGGUCAAUGGAUAAUCCACAAAAAAUUGAACAAGCAAAAAUUCUAAAAGAAAAAGGAACAAAUUAUUUUAAACAAAAUAAAUUUAAUAUUGCCAUUGAAAUGUAUCGAAAGAUAAAUAAUUAUAUAUCUUACGAUAAACUUUUUAGUGACGACUCGAAAAUCGAAAGAGAUAGUAUUUUACUUGCGACUUAUUUAAAUCUUGCACUUUGCUACUUAAAAAUUGAGCAAUAUAAUGAAGCAAAAGAAUAUUGUAAUAAAGCUUUGGAAAUUGAUCCCAGUAAUGAAAAGGCACUUUUUCGACGAGGUCAGGCACAUCUUGCCUUAGCGUCACCUGAAAUAGCAAUUAAAGAUUUUGAACAGGUGGUUAAAAUUGAACCAAAUAAUACCGCUGCUGUGAAGCAAAUAACUGCCUGUAACAAUCUUAAGAAGAAACAACUUGCCGCAGAGAAGAAACUUUAUUCAAAUAUAUUUGAUAAAUUCGCUGCUAAAGAUAAUCAUAUUUCUGAGAAAUAGUGAUAUCUCCUUUUUUCUAAUUACAUUUAAAAUAAAACUAUUUGAGAAUGACAACUUAAAUAAAACUCAACAAUUUUCAAUAUUCAACAAUAAAUUUCUCAAUAUUCUACAAAUAAAUUUUUCAUUAAAUGAUGUCAAGUUGAAAAAUUAAGAGUUUUGUUUGGAUUGUCUUUAAAUAAAUAUGUUAUGAAAUUUCAUAAA